UAUGAGAAUGAUGAAGAAACUGGUGUCACUUUCAGAGAGACUGGAUUUUCUCAUUCAGACGUCUUUGUGACAACCAAGUACUCUGGUACAAACAGUCACAACAUCCUGAUUUCCAUCAGGAACAGUUUGCACAGAUUUGGGGUAUCGGACAUUGACCUCUAUCUAGUUCACUCCCUGCACCUGGCCCUACCCAACAUUCCC